AUGGCUUCCGCAGCGGAUAUUGAGCAAAUGAACAAAGUCCGGGUGUCGCUCGGCAUGGCGCCGCUGCCUGUACCCGGACAAGGGCCACAGUUCAAGAACGGCGAUGGUGAUGCCAGCGAGAGCGAGAGCGAAGACGAUAUGAGUACGCUCGAGAAGCGCGCGGCGGCAGCUGGCAAGAAUUGGGAGAAGCUCGAAGCGGAAAAGCGCGAUAAGGAAGAGCGGCAGCGGCGGAAGGAGCAGACGAAGAGAGAACGAGACCGUGUUGCCAAAUUUGCGAAAUUGGAAGGUAAAGGUCUGGGUGAAGCAGAUGAUGAGAACGAACUGGAUACUCGGACGUGGCUGUUACAGCAGAAGAAGCGCCAGAAGAAGAUCGAAAAGACACGGAAGCUUGAGGAAGAGCUGGCGGAGCGCGAACGACUGGCGCAGGCCGAGUACACCUCCAAAGAUCUGGCUGGCGUCAAAGUGGGACACGAGGCUGCAGAGUUCGAUGAGUUCACCGGGGAACAGAUCCUCACCCUCAAGGAUCAAGACAUCGGCGAAGACAGCGGGGACGAUGAGCUGGAGAACCAGGAACUGAAGGCAAAGGAAAAGCUGGAAGAGAAGUUGAGGCUACAGAAAAAGCGGCCCGACUACGAUCCAACCGAGCAAGGCGAAGUGCAAAAUGUCCUUUCAAAAUACGAUGAAGAGAUUGAAGGCAAGAAGCAAAAGAAGUUCACCCUCGAUGGGCAGGGCAGCACCGUCGAGGCCAGUCGUCGUGCUGUGGAUGAUGAGAGCGUGGCCAAGGAUAAGCGUAUCAAGAUCAGUCUAGACAUCUUGAAGGAGGAUGAGCCUAUCUCGGAUUACGUGGAUCCCGCGACCAUUAAAGUGAAAAGGCCCAAGAAGAGCAAGAAAGAGAAGAAGUCUCGGCAAAAGGCGGCUGAUGACGACGAUAUCUUCCCAGUACUUCAGCCAGAAGUGGCUUCGACUUCGGACGAGAUGCAAGUAGAUAAUACCGAGGCAAUGGCCAGCAGGAAGCGUGAUUUCGACUUCAAUGAUGACGACGACUUGCAAGCCAAACUGGCGGAGCAACGAAGGCAGGCUCUUAAAAAGCGCAAGAAGACCGACGCGGCCGUUCUAGCACGACAGCUGCGAGAAGAAAUGCCGGUCGAUGAAGCAGAGCCAGAAGAAGGAGGUCUGAUCAUCGAUGAGACGUCAGAAUUUGUUGCAAAUCUCAAGCGGCCGGAAGAGGACGAGGAAGAAAUGGCGAGGAGAGCAAGGAGAACUCAGACGCCAAAUGCUGUAUCGCCGGAGGUCAAAGAUGAGGACGAAGAUGGUGAUACAAAUAUGCAAUCAUAUGCCGAGGCGGAAGCGGCAGAAGAACGUGCACAUCGUCGCAAGCGUGAGACAUCGCACCCUGCCGAGCAAAUGACGGCUACAGGCCUGGAAGCCGAAGAGAGUAUGGUGGGACAAGGCAUCGGUGCCUCGCUCGCUAUGCUUCGCAAGCGCGGAUUGAUUGGCUCGUCGGAGUCUGCGGAAGAGCUGGCACAGAAGGAGCGUCAACGCGCCCAGUUUCUUGCAGACAAAGAAGACCUCAUUCGAGACUUUGAUAACAAGGCUCGAGAACAGCGUGAAGCGGACAGACGCAGUGGCAGAUUUGACAAUAUGUCCAAUCGCGAAAAAGAUGCUCUUGGACGCCAGCACAACGAGCAGCGAGAGCAAUUCAUUUCCAGAUUACUGGCCGACAAGUUCAACAAGGAAUACAGGCCAGAUGUCAAACUGAGAUACAACGAUGAAUUUGGCCGUGAGAUGAAUCAGAAAGAAGCGUUCAAGCACCUCAGCCAUAUGUUUCACGGCAAGGGCUCCGGCAAGCAGAAGACGGAAAAGCGACUCAAAAAGAUUGAGGAUGAGAAGCGCAGCGCGGCCAAGGGCAUUCUCAACGUUGGAGAUCUUGAAGGUGGCUUUACGAAUGUCCAAGGACGAGAAGGUAAACGUCAGAAAACGGCCGGUGUACGGCUUCAAUAG